GGAGCUGAUGAGUUGGAGCUGAGGAGGAUUGUGUCAGAGCCAAUUGAGGAGCACCUCUUACUGGGCACUGACUACUCUCGUCUUGAAACCAUCCUCGCCAAACUGUCCCGCAGAGUGUGUUUUACAGCCUCUGAACCACCACGUCCUGUGAAAAUCUCCCAGCCUGUUGAAGAGCGUGUGGUGGGUCCCAGAGACCUGCAAGUUAGCGAGUUGGCCCACAGUUCCCUCAGACUGACAUGGAGCCAGGCCACAGGUGAUGUCACCGGAUAUCGUCUCCUGGUCACCCCUUCAACUCUAAGGGACACCUCCUCCCGCUACAGCAGACAGACUGAUCUGAAGGCAGAUGUGAGCACAGCAAUGGUGAUGGAGCUGAGUCCUAAAACAGACUAUUCUCUCACUGUGUACGCCAUCUACCCUAGCCUCAUAGGAGACUCUGCUACAAUCACCGUCCAGACAACCCCUUUGCCUCAGGUGUCAAACUUCCGUGUUAUUGAGCAGGGUCUUUUCUCUCUGCGCCUCGGCUGGACGCCUCCUCCGGGGAAGCUCAAUGGAUUCAAGAUCUUCAUCCCAAGAUCCACCCGACCAGGAUUUAUUUAUGAGCACCUGCUUCCUGGAGACACCUCUUCUCAUGUAAUUGACAGCCUGGAGGAGGAUAAGAAGUACAUUAUCAGUAUUUAUGCUGUUUACCCCCAGGGACCAAGUGAACCACUCUCAAUAGUGGGCAAGACAUUAAAGCUGGUACAAGUUCAGGAGUUUCGGGUCCAAAACGCCACCACAGACACUGUCCAGGCGAGGUGGGCAUCAGUUAGGGGUGCCACAGGAUACCGUCUGACAUGGGCAUCCCCAGACGACCACAUAGAAAACAUAAACCUCGGGGACACCUUUAACUAUUACAUGAUCCAAGGCCUCCGCUCAGGCUCUGAGUACACCAUCACCAUCAACCUCUUUGGAGACACUGAGGGGCCCAUCACUGCCACCAAAGUCAAAACAUUGGAAAGCAGUGCAGUACAAACUUUGAAGGUGUCGGCUGUGAGCACCAGCACUGCUGUCAUCUCAUGGAACAGUGUCCCAGGAGCCACAGGAUACAGACUGGCCUGGGGACCCACCCCAGAGUUUAUUGGCCGGGACCGUCCCAGGCAGUUGGCUCUGAACGGCAGCACCACAGAGUACCAGCUGAAGAAUGUAGCCCAUGAUACAGAGUAUGUCCUGACUCUCUAUGUGCUGUUUGGAUCUGUGGUGGGACCUGGCAUCUCUGCUACCUUCAAAACUUCUCCGUUGGGCUAUGUGUCCAACUUCAAAGUGACAUCCUACACCAGUACCUCCAUAGAUGUGGAGUGGAGUCCCAUUGUUGGCGCUACCGAGUACAAACUCUCUUGGAAGUCAGAUGAUAGCAGCCCUCUGUCCCGUUACCUAGACCAUAGUGUUCUUUUCCAUCGUAUCGAAGACCUGAACCCACAGUCCACCUACACAAUCACCAUCUGUGCAGUGUACAGCAACUCAGAGGGACCAGAAAUCUCCUUAUCUCAGCUCACAGCUGCAGUUUCAGACUCGGAGCCUAUUCAGGCAGUGAGGGAGGUGAAGGUUGUGGAUAUUGGAGUAAACUCUUUCACCCUUUCCUGGAGGAAAACACAAGGUGCAUCUGGGUACAAAAUCUCCUGGAUUCCGUUCUUGGGGGGUGAUGAAAAGUCGCACAAGGUAUCUGCUGCUUCAACCACCUUCACUAUCCACAACCUGCGGGAGAGCUCAGCUUAUAAGAUCCAGGUGUCUUCUAUGGUGGGCAAUAGAGAGGGAAGCCCAGUCCUCGUCACUGCUCGCACCUUGGAUCUUCCAAAAGUGAAUGGCUUUGCUGCUCUGAACACUACAGACAGCAGCACUAUUCUGAACUGGACACGUGUGGCUGGCGUCUCUGGAUACCUUCUCUCCUGGAGGCACAUCUCAGUGUUGGAGAUCAAAACAGAGACCCUGGGCCCUGGUUUUACCUCCUAUAAGAUCAACGAUUUGCAGUAUGGAAGAACUUAUAUUUUUACCAUCAGACCUUUGUAUGGAGAAGUGGAGGGGCCUAUAAGCACUGUGUAUCAGAGAAUAUUGGGACAUGAUCCUCCGGUGGUUACAGUCCAGUCUGUGCUUGCCACACUUGCCCCCCAUUCUCCUCAUAUCACGACUGCCUCCAUCACCAACACGACCAUCUCUCAUGGAGCCACCAGGACCACCCGGCACCCCAUUGCUGUGCCACCAACUAAAUCCAUAACCACCAAGAAGCCUCCAGGUCAGCCAAGUGUCACUGAAGCCAAAGAGGCAGGAGUCACCUCCCUUCGAUUAACCCCAUUCACUGCAAAGACAGCAGCUCCACCAAGACCAGUGUGUGGUAAGGCCAAAGCAGACAUAGUAUUCUUAGUGGACGAGUCUUCCAGCAUCGGCGCUAACAACUUUAUCAAGAUAAAGGACUUCAUGUUCCGGGUGGCCACAUACUUCCCAGUCAUUGGUUCUCAGGCCACACAGAUAGCAGUGGUUCAUUACAGUGAUGAGCCUCGAAUUGAAUUCCGUCUAAAUGAAUUCAAAGACAGAAACUCUGUGCUCAGAGCCCUCAAAGCACUACGUUACAGAGGAGGCAACACCAGAACAGGAAAAGGCAUCAGCUACGUUCUGCAGGAACUGUUCCUAGAGUCUCUGGGGAUGAGGCAGAAUGUGGCUCAUGUUCUGGUUCUGAUUACAGACGGCAGGGCCCAGGAUAAUGUGGUGCCACCCUCCAGAAUUGCACGUGCUUUGGGCGUCAGUGUCCUGGCAGUUGGAGUUUCUAAUGCAGACAUUGAGGAGCUGAAUAAAAUAGCAGCACCCACCAGCUACAAAAAUAUCUUCUACUCACCCACUUUUGAUGACUUCUCUUCCAUUGAGAGAGAAUUUAUCAAUAGCAUCUGCAGUGAGGAACUGCUGUCGGAGUUUGAACUAUAUGAAAAGAUUGCUCAGUUGGACACCCCGACUGAAGACCCAGAAGGGCUGCUAAAGCCUCAGGGUCCCUGCCCCUCUGAGUGUGUGAAGGGCCAGAAAGGGGAACCGGGAGAUGGUUUUGGUCUUGGAGGACUGAGAUUUAGGCCAAGCCCUGGAAACUAUGAUCCUUUUACUUCUUCCAAAGGAGAGAAGGGAGAAAGGGGACCUCCUGGAACAGAUGGUGUACCUGGGUUGCCAGGACGACCAGGGAGAACUGGACCCCCAGGUUCUGCCGGCCAACGGGGCCAUACAGGUAUUCCAGGUGAUAUGGGUCUACCUGGACUCCCUGGUCCAAAGGGCCAGAGAGGAGAGAGAGGAGAGCCUGGAUAUGUUAUAGCUGGCACAGACUCAAAUUUCGUUCCUGGACGAAAAGGGGAACCAGGAUCUUCAGGUCCCCAGGGACCUCCUGGUAUACCGGGGGUCAAUGGCGCUCCAGGCCUACCUGGCCAGUCAGGACCACCAGGGUCACCAGGAAUAUCUGUCAAGGGUGACCCCGGGGAGCUGGGAGCAAAAGGUUUACGUGGGAAGCAGGGUGUGAAAGGAGACAAAGGAGAGUCGGGAAAAGAUGGUAUUGCAGGUUUGCCUGGUCCCAUUGGCAAUGAUGGAGUGCCAGGUUUACCAGGUCAGAAAGGAGAGAAGGGUGAAGAAGGAAUUGGCAUACAAGGUAUUCAAGGUCUUCGUGGAGAACCAGGAGAGAAGGGAAAUAUUGGCUUAAUUGGACCAGUUGGGCCAAAGGGUGAUCUUGGAGAGCAGGGCAUCCAAGGAAUCAUCGGACCUCGGGGUAAGAAGGGAUUCAAAGGGGAGCAAGGGGACAAGGGAGAACGAGGAGAGAUGGGACCAAUGGGACCACAAGGACCCACAGGACUGACGGGGCCAUUGGGGUUAAAAGGUGAUGAGGGUCCAAGAGGAGCGCCUGGGGAUCCUGCCAAGGGUAUAAUUGGCCCAACAGGAAAAAAGGGUGCCAGGGGAGACAUUGGUCCAGUCGGCCUCACAGGUCCCCAGGGAAUAAAGGGUGAACGAGGAGACAAAGGAGACAAGGGCAGUCCUGGUUUUGGGAUUCCAGGACAGCAGGGACCAAAGGGUGAAAAUGGCGAGAGGGGAAAUGUUGGUUUGUCAGGAAAACCCGGACCAAAAGGGCAUGAUGGCUCUAAAGGUGAAAAAGGGAGUAUUGGGUUACCUGGCAAUCCUGGAGAACCAGGAUUAAGAGGUAAAGAUGGUUCUCCUGGAGUGAAAGGAGACCUAGGAAUUAAGGGGGAACAAGGACCACAUGGAGACCCUGGUGACAGAGGAAUUAGGGGUCCAUUGGGGUUACCAGGGCGACCAGGGGAUCCAGGAGAGAAAGGAGAGACUGGCAGUCCUGGCCUGCUUGGUACUGAUGGAAAGAAGGGCGACAAAGGGGAGCCGGGAAAACCUGGACCUCCGGGAGGACAAAUUAUUGCAGACAAUAACAUACUGACCAGAGUUAUUAAGGGUGAACCAGGAGAGCCAGGUCAGCCUGGUUUGAGAGGAGAAACAGGUCUGCCUGGACCAAGGGGUCCAGAGGGGAAACCUGGAUUACCGGGACCAUCUCUGGGUGGUUCUGAAAGAGAUGGACUUGAUGGUUUACCAGGGAAACCGGGAAUGAAGGGUGACCAGGGACAAAAAGGAGAACCCGGCAUGAAGGGCGAUAAAGGAGACCAAGGCCGGGUUGGGAUUGCUGGAAUGCCUGGUUUACCGGGAACUCCAGGGAGACCUGGCAUUGAUGGGAAGAGGGGCCUGCCAGCAAAAGAUGGAGAAAGAGGGCCAAAAGGGGAUGAUGGCAAAAAGGGAGACAAGGGAGAUGCCGGCGAAAAUGGUAAAGAUGGAAGAAAGGGGGAAGCAGGACCUCCAGGUUUGCCUGGUAGGCAGGUGCUUGUCACUCCAGAGGGCGCCACUAUUGACGAACUCCGCCAAGCAUUUCCGAUCCCAAUGGGUCCUCCAGGAGCUACUGGUUCACCAGGAAUGAAGGGUGAUAAAGGAGAAAAUGGCCUGAAAGGAGACAAGGGUGAUGCUGGAGCUCCUGGGAAAUCAAUUGAGAUGAAGGACAUUGAAGUGAUGUUUGAAGCCUACGGUAUAAGGCUGCCUUUGCUGAAGGCUUUGAUUGACAGGCUACUGCAGGACGGAAUAGAGGAGCUGCUUCAUGUGCUCGGCACCUCCAAGAAAACAAAAGAAAACACACACACCUCCAACAUCAUCACUGAGUACACAAGUUCAGUGAAGUUUGAACUCACUGACCAGCCACUGUCAGAGCUGGAUACCAUUGAGGACCGUGAAUUAGAACAACACGUUACAGAGUCUUUGUCAUUUGACCCUUUAAAUGAAACCGCAGAGGGUCCCACUUUAUGGACUGUCACCACACUGAGCAGAGAGCGGGAGCUCGACAGGAUUGAGACAAAGUUAAAGGGAUCCACAGGGAAGGAGGUAGUUGGUGGGGACAGUGACGGAGCCUCUUCUCUCAAAAUAAAUCUGACUGUCAGUUCUGCUUUCAAUUAUACAACGACCCAGGAGACGGUUUCAGGGUUACCAGAAAAUGUGGUGGAGGCUGUUCUCCUCACUCAGGAAGACUCUCUGAAGAAGAACUCAGGGCAAAAGAAAAACAGGGAACGUGGGAAGGGCAAAGGAAAUAAAGGACGACAUAAGAGGCAGAGACAACGCCUGACAAGUGAAGAGGACAAGCAAGACGAAGAGGAGUUUUAUAACGGCGAAGAAUACAGCUAUGAGUACGAGGAAGAACUCUCCACAGAUGCUUUUCAGGAGAGCAGAGACAACAGACAGCUUGAAGUCCAAACAGAUGAAUUUCCCUAUCCGGUGGAUAAAAAGGAGGAACAAUUACCCACACACAGACCUGCCCAGUUAGAAACCUCCAGUCAUCCUUCAACAUCCUCCUCAGACAGAGAAACAGACACUAUGCUCAAUGACCAGGAUGAAGCAUCACUGCCUACACCUCCCAUCACAACAGAAGACCCAGACAAGGACAUCUCUUAAUUCCCAAGAGACUGUGACUAUAGCGUGUUAAGCAUUCAUAAGAAAGCACACACUGCACGGAGAGUGUGACUAAACUGUGAACUGUUUUGCUGGUGAGGAGCUCUGACCCUGACCAACGUUUCAUGAGGAAGGACUUCUUUCCACACAGACACGAUGUCAGUCACUCAAACCUAUGGCCAUACCAAAGUUACCUUGAUACCUUGUAUCAGGGCAAAUUUUUUCAGUAGAACUCUGUAGAAAAUCAGGCACCAGCAAUAUCAGAAUUGUUUCUUUGUGUCCAGGUUAUUUUCAUUCUUUACUUGGUUCAGUGUAAUCACCAGUGUAGCCUUUACUUUACUUACCUUGUCUAACUUAUUUAUUAAGACAUAUAUAUUUUUCUGUAACAAAUAAAUGUCACAGCACAUAAAACACAACAACAAAACAUGUGUCAACAAUUUAAAUAAAUUUUUCUUUGAAGCUGUAAUGAAAUUUUAUUUAUUAAAACAUGGAAAAUAUCUUUUGUUUUUAAUUCGCCAAACAUCGUUAGA